AUGGAGUGGUCACGAAGAAGGAGCCGUUCCGGCUCUUGUCGCACCUGUCGUCAGACUAGUAGGCUGUUGGUUUGGGCCUUCGGUUUGGGGUUGUUUGCGGUGAUCUGCUGCCUUUCCUUUCCCCUAAACACCCGAGAUACACAAAUCAAUGCUGGCGGAGGCGCACCUGCAUGGGGAGCUGGGGGUGUAGCCCCAUCCCACGAAGAACUGGGUGGUGAAGGUGUCCAUACACAUCAAGAAGGAGUGGGUGGAGGGGAGGAGAAAGGCGAGGCUAACAGGGAAGAUCUGGAUGAUGUAGUAGAAGCAGAAGCAGAGGCAGGAGGAGCAUCAGAAGAGGCGGAGGAGACAGAAAUGUUCUUUGAAUUGAAGACCAUUGGUCACAUGCAAGCUGUGUCCGCCUCCAUGAGGGGAAGAAGGCCCACUGAUGAGGAUCAACUUGUGACUUUGGAACGUUUGAAUCCCUCUUUAUAUUUUUUGGCUGUCUUCGACGGCCACGGGGGAAAGGAGACCGCCAAAUAUCUCAAAGAAAAUGCGCACAAGGAAUUCG